AUGUCUGCUUUGGCGCAGAACGAGAGCGAAUUGACCGGUGGUGGGCCGAUCAGAGGUGGAGCAGCAGCGACGGCACAAAGCCUUGCAAUGAAGCAGAUGAAUUUCGAUGAGAAAUUGGAGGCUUUAUCGCGGAAGCCACAGAGCCACAUUACACAGGAGGAUGCUCGAGAACUUCACGCGGCGGAGGGUCGCGCCUUCAACAAGGCACCUGGUCCUGGGUCCGUCUCCGCGCAGGUCCGAUCGAUAGCAGACCGUAACGAGGCCCUUGGGGUCCCUGCUAUACCAGGAGAGGCUUCUGUGUACAUUACUAAGGAUGAUGCGAGGGAGGCUCAGCAUGCUGAAUCGACAAUAUAUGGCGGAAAAAGCCCUCGCGGUGGGAUUGCGGCAAAGAUGCAGAGUGCUGCUGACAAAAUCGAACAUGCAUAUCGUGGUUAA